CUCAAUUUGCUGUUGCAUUCCCUACACAAUCAUACAUGUAGGAAAUAGUGCUUCUUACAUCACUGUUUUUUCUUUGUCCAAAGAAAAAACGUAAAGGUAACGCCUCCUCCAUGCUUUUUACUAUUCAUCAACCUACCUUAAAGCGUCAAGGUACCUUGCAUUCUUGAGAAUCUUGAGAGUCUUUAGCUUUUCUAACUCUGCUAUAUUCUCUCUUCGAUUUCCACUUUUCCUCCCCAAAUUUUGAUCCUUUGCUUGCUUGAUCAGCUUCGAUAUAUGUAUGCCUGUUAGAGCAAGCAUUCGAUCUGUAUACCCUUUUUCGAUUUAUGUGUUUUCUGUCUCCUGAUAAGCCAAUCUUUCCAAGUUUGGAGUUCCAUUUUAGUACAUAAUGAAGAGAAGCCAUGAAAGAGAGAGGCAAAGCGGUGGAAGUAUGCAACAAUAUUGAUUUUUUCGAAGACUAUAGCACUUCAUCAGACGUCCCAUAUUGUAAGAAACAUCCACAAUCAUCUUCAGUUGGUGUAUGUGCGUAUUGUCUCAGGGAUCGUUUGAUCAACUUGGUUUGCUCAGACUGUGGUGAACAACGUCUCUCAUCUUGCUCAUGCUCUGAAAUCUCCUCCAACCCUCGAACUUCAUGCACUGGUGAGGUCGGCAGCGUUGGUCGUGUCUCAUUCUUGAUAGAGAAUGAAAACAAGGAUCAAGUUCCAAAUCCAAAUUCCAAGCCUAGAAACAGUAGCAGUGGAAAUAAAUCAGAAGAAGUUUUCUUGCUCAAGAGAAGCAAUAGUAACUGUGUUGAGAUCAAGAAAAAGAAUGGAUUUUGGAGAAUUGGAAGGUUGUUUAGGAAGAAGAGAGACAAAGAUGCUAAUUGUGGUAAGAGUGUUGGUGGGGUUGAUGAGAAAAGUGAUUUGUGGGUUGUUGACUACAUGGGAGUGUCAAGGUCAAGGUCUCUUUGUAGUUUCAGGGGUGGUGGGUUUUUUGGAUCAGAAGAUGGAAGUGACUUGAUGAACUUCUCAGGUGCUAGGAGCUCAAUUUCAGCUGCUAGGAGUUCUGGUGUCAAUGGUGGUUGGGUUUUUGAUCCUGAAAGGAAAAGUGGUUUUGAUUGUGAAAGAAGAGACAGUACUUUUCUAGAGUCUGAUAUUGCAGAUAUUAAAGCUAUGAGAAAAGCUGCUGCUGGUUGUGGUCUCAUGGAUGUUGAUGGUGGUUUUAAUGGUGCAAACAGGCGGGUGUUUACUCUGAAAGAGAGUUAUUUUACAGGUGGGGAUGAUUCAGGCUUCAUAGACUUAAAAUUUGAUCUUCAAGCAGAGUCUAAAGGGGAUAAUCCAGCUGUGAAGAAGGGUGUUUUGUCUGCUUUUGGCAGCAUGAGGGAAAGUGAUGAAUUUAUGCCAUAUAAACCCGGUAGUUCCAUUAAAAAUGUCCAGCUCGGCGAAGGGGCCUUCUUGAAUGGAGAUUCCUGUCGGAUGACAGUGGAUGAAAGAGGAAUCAGAAAGAGCAGAAAGAGUUUCAAGGGAUGGCGAUGGAUUUUCAAACCACCUUCCAAAUUGGACCAAUCCAGAGAAGAAAAAUGAAGAUCUUACACUCCAUCACUGAGUCCCCUCACAAGGGUUAAACUUGAAUAGACCAAUCUUUCAAAUUUCAGUAUGUUUUUUUUUUGUUAUUUUCAUUUGUAUUUUUGCUCACACGCUUUUUCUUUGUAGCUAUAUGUCUAUUAAGUAAUGAAAU